AUGGAGAAUUCCACAGCUAGUGCGGAGAUGGAAGUCGGGAGUAGUUGCGGUGUCGGCCCUUGUAGUCUUGCUUUCCAAAUCGCAGCUGCCAAGCUUCAAGCAGAGGGAUUUCUACACGCGGCUGCUGGUGUACCGGUGGGCUCCACAGAACCUACUCACGCUGAUACUUCCACAGUCGGUGCUACUGCAUCUAAUUCAGUCGUAUGCACAACCGCAGCAGAUCAGGCAACGGGGGAACCGUCUCGCGAAGAUGGGGAGAACAAGUCAUGCUGCAUGCAAGGCAGUGACAACAGCAGUGCGAAAGGCAGCGAUAACGGUAGCGUGAAAGGCGGCGAGGGAGAGGAGCGCAGCGUGCGGAAAGGAGCAAUCGCCGCGGCAGGGGGAGGGAUCUGGGAUCUGAAUCCGUCUGAUUGGAGCUGGAAUCGCGGCAAGGCGAGGAUAUCAGGGAUAACCGGGUCGCCCGCAAGCAACCCCAACGAGGCGGACGCGGGGAGGCAUGCGGCGGGCAAGGGGCGGCAACGGGAGCAACGGAGUGAGCCCCUCCAAUGUGAGACUCCGCGGAGUGGCGCGGGAUCCGGCAGUCCGCGGAACGGGAAGGCGCACGUGCUGCCGGCAGCUCCGGAGGCGUCGCCGCCGCGACAGCAGCAGCAGAAGCAGCAGCAGCGUGGAAGGGCGCAGCGGAAGCGGAAGUCGCCUGAGGGGGAGGUGGCGCGGGACGGGAAGCUUCCCGCGGGGGAAGAGCCGCCGCGGCAAGCGCAGCGUGCGUGGCCGCAGGCGCAGAUCCUUCCCGCGUCAGGGAAUCCAAUCGGAGCGUGUGGUGACACGCGCAUGCCCCACGCCGGCGACCGUGAAAUCAGUGCGGCUCACGAAGCGGGGGGCGCUGGGGGUCAGGGCGGUCCCGGUGACAUGCCGGGCGGAGGCGGAGGCGGAGGCGGAGGCGGAGGGGGAGGCGGAAGCGGGGGAGGCGGAGGGGGCGCAGGAGCAGGAGGUAUAGGCGCAGCAGCGUCGUUCCACGAGGCCUUCCUUCCGCCAUACGCGCAUUCCGUUCUGCCACCGCCGCAAGACCCGUCGCUACUGUCACACUCCCACACCCCCCAGCACUGCUUCCCGUCGGCUCAUCUCCCCUCCCUUCCCUGGCUUCCCCCCCCACCACACACUUCCUUUUACGCCCCUCUCGCGUCCCCUCUCGGCCCCACUCUCCCGUCGCUCCCGCCUGUGUCGCAUGCGGGAGAUGUGGUGAUGGGUACGGGAGGUAUGUUUGAGCAGCCACCGUAUUUCCAUCCGCUCAGCGGCAGUGGUAGCAGCAGCGGCGGAAGCAUGGGCAUGUAUUCUGCUGCUGGCGCCCCGCUCCCGCGCCCGCAGCCGCCCAGUGCUCUCCCCGGGUUCAUGCCCCUUCCUGCGAUCCAUCCCUUCCCGUCUGCUGCUGCGGCAGCAGCGUUUCGUUGCGCUGUGCAAUCUUCCGCCGUCCCUGCUUCCGCCCUGCCCGCUUCUGCCGUGCCCGCUUCAGCUAUGCCCAGCCAGCAAGCAGUGUGGCAGCAGCAGCAGCAGCAGCAGCAGCAGCAGCAGCAGCAGCAGCAGCAGCAGCAGCAGCAGCAGCAGCAGCAGCAGCAGCAGCAGGCGAACAGGCGAUUGCACCAUGUGCCCAUUGCCCCUGCUGCUCCCAAGAGCUUUGCAGGCAAGGAGGGCGGGGGUAAAGCGGCAGCAGUAAGAGAUACUGGGUGGGGUGCAGAGGCCGAGGGGGGUGCAGCAGAGGGUGGGGAGGGUGGAGCGCGGGGGAAGCAGGGAGAGUGUGCAGAGCAGGCAGGGCGGGCAGAGUUAGCAGAGGGCGCAAAGGGCUCCAGAAUUGCUGAGGUUGCAGCAGGUACGCUCGUUGCACCAGGUGCUACGAGCUCUGCUGAAGAAGCACCACUGAGGCCGUGCCGAGGGAAUGGGAUGAGUGUGGGUGGCAAGGCAAGAGGCAAGGAAGGAGGCAAGGGUACGGGGGCAGGGGAAAGCAGAUGGAGUAGGGGAAGCAACAGCAGUGGUGGUGCUGCUGCUCCUUCUGCUGCUGAUGUGGCACCAGCAGGUUCUGUUGGUGAAGGUUCGGGACGUGCAGCAGCUGCUGACGCUGCUGUGGUAGGUGAGGUUGGUGGUCCCCCCUUUCCUGCUGCUAGCUCGCUGCCCUCGUCUCUUCCUCCCUGGAUGCUCCAUUCCCGCCCCACAAUACCAGUAGUUCGGCAGGAGAAGCAGCACCGUCAGCAGCAGCAGCAGCGCGAGCAUCAGCAGCAGGAGCAGCAGCAGGUCGAGAAGGAGGAUGAGGGGGAGGUGGAGGAGGAAAAGCAGGAGCCGCAGGAGCAGCGCAAAUGUGAAAGGGAUAUGAACGCAGGUGACGAAUGGGAGUGUGAUGCUGCCAUAUGCAGUGCACGUGCUUCCGCAGAAAAAGACAGUGACGCUAGUAACAGCGGUAGACGUAGCAGUGGUAAUCCGGUAGAGACAGAGGGGCAGGGCACUCAUCUCGUGUACCGUGAUCAAGCAAAGGACACCUUGCCGCCUUCUGAGACUGCCUCCCUUCCUUCUCAUGCAGCGAAUGCCAGCAGCGUCCAACCAACCCCCUCGUUGCUCGGGCAAGAGUAUCUUGAUCUGCCUUGCAGCUCAUGCUUUGAUCCUGCUGCUCUUUUCGGCAGCAGCAGCGGCGGCGGCGGCGACGACGGUGGCGGCAGCGGCAGCGGCAGCAAUAGCAGGAUGGCAGGGGAUCAAGUGGCGGCUGCACUGGCUGCUGUGCUUUCGUAUGCAGUUGGGAGCAUGAUAUGGAGUGGGGGGGUGUGGUGGGGGGCGGGUAAGCACGAUGAGACGUGGCAAUCUCCUGCUGUUUCCGCUUCUGCUGCUGCUGCUGCUGCUGCUGCUGCUGCUGCCGCCAUCGCUAGCAUCUCCACUGCUGCUGCCUUUCCUGCAGCAGUUACAGCCCCUUCUGCUGUUGGUUCCGCCGCUGCUGCUCUUUCUCCUGUCGAGACUAGUCCAUUUCCUUAG